GCGGCGGCCUCCGAGAGAGAGAUGGCGCCGCCGCCGCUCCGAGGUGCGGCCCUCGCCCUCGCGCUGGCGGCGGGCUGGCCGCCGCCCGCCGGCGCCUUCAUUGAGGAGCUCUUCGGCCAGAUGGGCGGCGGCGGCCAGCAGUUCCACUUCGAGAUGGGCGGCGGGGGCCAGCGCCGCAAGAGGAAGCAGCCGAAGUGGCCGAAGGGCACCCCGACCAAGAUCAGCAAGAAGAUGGCCUGGCUGAAGGGCACGGAGAGUGGAACUGGAACAACUGGAGAGACGUGCAGUUCCAGAAGGACGACGGCAACUUCGAGGCGCCCACGGAGGACUGCCAGAGCGGCCAGUGCAAGUGGUCUGCGCAGGACCGACGGCAAGGUGUACAUCCUCUGGGGCGAGGCCGGCCUGCACGAGAUGGACCUCGUCGGGAAGGCUCCGGAGGAGCAGGACCCCCAGAAGAUGGCGGGGCUGAAGAUGCGGGGGCUCCGGAAGUCGGACCAGAGCGCCUGCUCGGCCGUCUUCCGCCGCGUCUUCGACCACGAGGCCGCCGAGCUGGACAAGGACCUGUACGGCAUCCUGGGCCUGCAGGACGACGCCGACGAGGGCGACAUCAAGAAGGUCUACAGGAAGUUGUCCAUCAAGUACCAUCCGGACAAGAACCCCGACGAGGAGUCCAAGAAGAAGUUCGCCGAGGUCCGGGACGCGUACGAGAUCCUGAACGACCCGGACAAGAAGAUCCUGUACGACACCGGAGGCAUGGAGGCCGUGAAGAAGUUCGAGAAGAACGAGGUCGAGAGGGGGGACGACUUCGGCACCUCCGUCACCGUCCGGCUCGAGGACCUCUACUCCAGCGGCGUGCACAAGGCCUCCAUCCGCCGACGCGUGGUGUGCCGAGGGUGCCGCACCAAGCCGGACUCGCCAAAGUGCAAGGGGUGCCAGCGGUGCCCCAACGAGGUCCGGAUGGUGAACCGGCAGGUCGGCCCGGGGAUGUUCAUGCAGCAGCAGGAGGAGGUCCAGAGCAAGGAGAAGUGCAAGGAUCGGGAGAGCACCCCCCUCGACGUACAGAUCGAGAAGGGGAUGCGGAACGGCGAGACCGUGAAGUUCGAGAGGAUGGCGGAGCAGCGGCCCGGCAUCAUCCCCGGCGGCGUCGUCUUCACGCUGAAGACCGCCAAGCACAGUAAGUUCGAGCGCCGCGGCGACGACUUGCACGUGGCCAUCAAGGUCUCGCUGCGGGAAGCCCUGCUGGGAUUCCAGCAGACCAUCAGGCACCUGGAUGGACACACGGUGGAGGUCGGCACGGAGAGUGUGACGAGGCCGUUCCAGAUGAUCCGGGGCGAGGGUAUGCCGCAGCGGGACGACCCGGCCACCUUCGGCGACCUGUACGUGAAGGUGGAGGUGCUGCUCCCCCCGGCGCUGACCGACGACCAGCGGCAGGCGGUCGAGGGCAUGUUCGGGCCGGCGCCCUCGAGGCCGGAGCUCUGA